ACUGCUGCCGUACGUCAGAUCAGGACAACUGGUACAUCACGCUGCGCCGCCGUAGGAAGAGGAAGAGGGAUAAAUCGACAUCCCCUGGGCGGCCGCUAGCCGUUUGUAUAACGAUGCCAAGAAUACCCACAUAGUCGUUAUCAUCGUCUCGACGCCGGUGCGACUGCCCCACGGGCUUGGUAAUAAUGGAUAGCUCUCAGGCGAUACGCUUCGAACAUGUGGACGCGGCGCACUUCUCACCGGCGCCAGGGCCUCAGCGCCACAUCGCGUGCAACCCGUGCCGCGAAAGUAAAGUGAAAUGCGACGGUUGCCGGCCGGUGUGUAAAAGAUGCCACGGCGCCGGGUCGGCGUCGAGGUGCUCCUUUGUGCGCCACAGCGCAAAAAGGGGCCGGCCCAAGAAGCCCAGGCCGGAACCGCCGCUGUCGACAACGACGUCGAGUGACUCGAGCACAUCCUACACUCCGCAGGGCGACAGUCGCGACACUCCGGGGUGGAUGGAGGCGACCAGGGACGGGGACAGCGUCAUCGCCCACGGCUUCGACGCCGCCGCCGCGUCGUGGCCCGCCACGUCCCAGCCAACCCCUCCCGAUGACGACGUGCUUGGGGACGACGGGGACGACGAAUCGCCGCCGGGCGAAUUCUCGGAUAUCGCAGACAUGGUAGUCGAAGACUUCCGGACGGCGCUGCAGGUCGAUAUUGCCCCACCGGACGGCCUAACCCCUGGACUGACGAAAACGCUAGUGUCAGUCUUCUGCGGCUGGAACCAGCAGACCUUUAUGUGCUUUGACGACCCGGAAAGCCUGGAAUCCUAUCUCGAGCAGCCUGGAUACGAAGCCGUGGCUGUCAAAUACGCCAUAUGCGCCCACGCCAGUGCGCUUACUAGCCGAGUCCGACUGCCAACGUCGGAGGCCGUGCCGGGUAUUGACUACAGCCUCUUGGCCACCGUGUCUGAUGGGGACCACGCCGCUCUUUUCUACCGCCUAGCGCGGGCUGCGUUGAACCAGAGCGACUUGAGCAAGAAGUCGGCCGCCAGCUUGCUGCUGACGCUUUCGGCGACCGUCCUGCUCGGGCUCUAUGAGCUCCAGCAGGCCGAGGUUGGUUGCGCGUGGCUUUCGGAAAGCCGCGCCGUCUGGAUCAUGGAUGAGCUGCAGUUGCACCGGCUCGACUCGGACCAAGCCCCGCCGCUGAGCGAUGGGGCCCAAGCACCGGCCGCCCGUCGGGCCUUCUGGGCGGCGAGAGGGUUGGCGAGUUUUCUCAUGACGGUGCACCAACACCACCGGAUCAUGCCUUGUCCCAUGGAGGAGGUCUCAACAUGCCUACCAAGUGCCGAUCGAACCCCGGGCUUGACGCUUUCCGAUGUGUGCCACGGCACAGCGACCAGGCUUCUCUCCGUCGAUGAAGGGCUGACGGCUCUACGUGCCCUGAGCACGCGCGUCUUGGCCCAUGCCAGUCGCGUAGGCAACCGGAAGAGCAGCGUCACCGACGGCACGGCUCGAGCCUACAAUUUCUGGACACACCAAAGCCAGUUGGAGGAGUCAUUGGGUUACCUCCAGACCUUCACUAACACUUGGACGGCGGGGUCCAUGGGUGGCCCCGAUUUCGAUGCCGUGCUGGUGGAUCUCCAGACACGAGCUCUCGUCGUCGUUCUCGGCGAGGCCAAGCUGGCCAAGAUGAGCUCGUCUCAGGGGAUGCGACUCGAUCCGGGUCAGUUGGGCCCCUGCAGAGAUGCCGCCCGUCAACACGCACUCGACUCGGCUGCUGCCAUCGAGGCAUUGAACAAGGCGCUCCCCGGCGACGCGGCGACGGAUUUGUCGGCGACGUGGGUUGCCUAUGUCACGCUGCAGUCCCUGCUCCGAUGCCAACGCCGAACCCAGGCGAGCUGGACCGAAGCUAACGCUAUCAUCGGCCGCGCACCGGCCGCCUUUUCAUCUCCAUGGGCGCCCACGGUUGCGACUCUGUCGGACGCACUGCUCUCCGACUCGUUUGAGUCCUUACAGGCGAAACUCGCGGAUUGGGGAAGCAAGAUCCCGGUGGCCUCGUUGUAUUCCGACCAGAUCCAACUUGAGCUUGAUUUCAGCACCGACGCUCUCCAAGCGCGGGUUGUCGGAUUGCUGGAUUCCUAAGGUCGUUUGGAAUCUCAUCCUCUUG